UGAUGAACGUUUUGUAGCAAGACUCACCGCGUCAGAGACGACCUUGCAACUUUCCACCCCACCUGCAACUCAUUGGCCCAAGCUGUGAAUAGCCAUCCUCAGUCCACAAUUCGACUUCUGAUUUGCUCUUCUGUCGAUCGAUUACGCAGCUUCAACGAAAUAUUACAAUAUAACGACAAGAUACCUCCGGCCUCGGCUUACAAAGGCGACGAAACAUUUGAUAAGCAUUAGCAAUUCGCAGACCAAUCUCACAGCGCGCAAUAAAGAAAUAAGAGCUCGAGAGCGGGAGCCUUUGUUUGAAGAGACCUUCAGCGCAGGAGAUCAAGAUGCCCGCAGAAGUAAAUGGCAAUGGCGAGGCCAAUGGUGUCAAUGGCCAGGCGAGCAAACUGUCAAAUCCCACACCAGCACACUCGGCCUUCGACUCGAUACCAGACGUCAUAGAAGCCUUUGCCAACGAUGAGUUCGUAAUCGUCCUUGACUCACCCUCACGAGAAAAUGAAGGCGAUCUGAUAAUCGCCGCCUCGGCUCUCACCCCCGAAAAGGCCUCCUUCAUGAUCCGCUACUCCUCCGGCUACCUCUGCGCGCCCAUCCCCGUCUCGCGCGCCGCCGCCCUCCACCUCCCGCAAAUGGUCGCCGACAACGCAGACCCAAAUCAAACCGCAUACGCCGUCACCAUCGAUGCUGCGGAUCCCUCCAUAUCCACGGGCAUCUCCGCGCACGACCGCAGUUUGACAUGUCGCAUGCUUGCGGAUCCGUCGGCGAAGGCGUCGCAUUUCAGACGGCCAGGGCAUGUGCUACCACUGCAGGCGCGUGAGGGUGGCGUGCGGGUCAGGAGGGGACAUACUGAGGCAGCGGUCGAUUUGUGCAGGUUAGCGGGCAAGCCGCCUGUGGGUGUGAUUUGCGAGAUGAUUACGGAUGGGGAGGAGGUGCCGGGGAAGACAGAGUUGGUGGGUGGGGGUAUGAUGCGGACUGACGAAUGCUUGGCCUUCGGGAAGAAGUGGGGGAUCAAGGUGUGCACGAUAGAGGACAUGGUGGCGUAUAUCGAGGAGAAUGAGGGGAAGCUGCCUUUGAACUGAAGAGAGCUGGGAUGAGAAGAGAAUAACGGAUUGAGCAGGUGGAUGAGUAGGCGAAUAGAUUGGGGGUUGGUCCCACCUUCACGACGCAUCUCUCUGGCGUAUAUGUUCCAGCAUUAUUGUGUUUCCAGCGCCUCCUCAACAUAGACGCUCUAUUGUAGAUACUCAAAUACAGUGCAA